AUGAAAAACUUCAUCAUAUUACUACUUGCCAUCACCAGUAUAGUCAUGUCCUACCCAUCUUCAGCUAAUGAGACCUCUAUUGAACUUUAUGAACUUGACUCCAAAAAUGAUACCUCGCUCAUUGUCAUCACUGAAACAAUGGACAUGAAAGAGGAGAAGCAAAGAUGGAUUGACGAGAAUAUCAAUGCUUUCAAGCAAGCUCAAGAAGAAAAACAAAAAAGGAAUGAUGAGAUUUUGAAAUUUUGGAAUGAAGCAAUGAGAAUCAAGGAGGAAGAGGAAAGAAAGAAGGCGGCUGAAGAUCAAAAAAUGAUUGACGAGAAUAUCAAUGCUUUCAAGCAAGCUGAAGAAGAAAAGAAAAACGAAACCAUGAGCACUGACACUGGGCCGAAGAGAGCAUGCCUACAUUUGUUCAUCACUGAAAUAUGCUUCUGGUUCGCGUGA